AACUUCCUUUUCAGAUAAUCUUCUUUCACUUUUUAACCCUAUGUAGACUUGAAAAUCCCAAUCCUACCUUCAUUCUUCUUUGUUGAAAAUCGAAUGCCCAAAUGAAAUCCAAAUCCAUUCACGUUCUAAACCAGAAAUUCCAAACCCUAAUAAAUUAGGGUUUUUAUAAUCGCAAUCAUUUUUUAUCUCGUCAUCUUUAAAUCAAAUCCAAUCCAAUCCUGUUAUUAAUUUUAAUUACUGAAUUCAAACGACCUGUAAAUAAACACAUGAAACCCUAAAUUCGCUUAAUUACAAGCCUCUUUCGAUCUGCGAUUCUGAUUCUUAUUUUUCUUCGUCAAUGGCGGAUCAAGAAGAAGACGACUUGAGAACGGCUCUUAGAAUGAGCAUGCAAAACUCGCCACCUGAACCUAAGCGGAGCAAGCCGAGGGACGCUGGAGCUCCUGUGGCAUCGCCGGAGGAUUUGAGGCGGAUGAAGCGCGAGCUCAUGGCAGCGGCUGCUGAGAAGCGGCUUCUCGAGACGAGAGUUGACUCCCCUUCUCCUUCCCAGUCGCUUUCGCCUUCAAAAGCAACAGUUGAUAGAAGCCCUGGUAAAAGUACAGAUUUUGUUAGAAAGGAGGUAGAUUUUGGUUUGAAGGAGGGGAGUUCGGGAAAGGAAUUAUCGAGUGAGGAAGCUAAUGAGUUGUUUUCGAUGGUGUUUGGGAGCGGUGUUUCUAAUGACAUUCUUGCUCAGUGGAGUAACCAGGGCAUAAGGUUUAGUCCUGAUCCAGAAACAUCUAUGGGACUAGUGCAGCAUGAAGGUGGGCCCUGUGGCGUCUUAGCAACUAUACAAGCAUUUGUUCUCAAACACCUUCUUUUCUUUCCGAAUGAAAUAGGCAAAGUUACAUCAAAUGUGCCACAAAAUUUGGGCUCUGGAGGAUUGUCUAAAAGUCAAUAUGUUGCAUCGGAUAAUUUCAGUUCUCUUACUGAAGAUGCAAAAGCAAGAGCCCUAGUUAAAAGCAUGGGUGAGAUAUUGUUUAUGUGCGGAGACAAUAAAAGAGCUGUGAUUGCUACUUUGAAUGCUGUUGGCCUUGACACUGAGGGCUUUGCAAAGAACGAGAUCAUUGCAAAAGCACUUGAGGGCCUUACAAUUGAAUCUGCAUCUGAUUUGCAAAAAAUUCUAAGAAUCGACACGUAUACAUCACAAACAACUGCAUUGCAGAAACUCCAUACAGCACUUCCUGUUUUCCAAUCUCGUAUGGGGGCACUACUGUUCCUUAUUUCCGCCUUACUGUCCCGAGGAUUGGACUCAAUUCAAGCUGACAGGGACGAUCCCAACCUUCCCCUAGUCACUGCACCUUUUGGGCAUGCUUCACAGGAAAUUGUGAACCUUCUGCUCUGUGGACAGGCUGUCCCUAACGUGUUUGAUGGUAGGAUGGACUUCGGUGGAGGCAUGUUUCUAAAGGGCAUAUCCAUGAGUGUGGAAGUUGGAUUUCUCACACUAUUAGAAUCUCUCAAUUUUUGUAAGGUUGGCCAGCAUUUAAAAUGCCCGAAAUGGCCAAUAUGGGUUGUUGGUAGCGAAUCUCAUUAUACAGUUCUAUUUGCUCUCGACACCUCGGUUCAGGACGAGAAUGAACUGGAAGAAAGAGAGUCGCAGAUUCGGAGGGCAUUUGAUGCACAAGAUCAGAGUGGUGGUGGUGGCUUUAUCAGUGUUGAAGGCUUCCAUCAAGUCCUUAGGGAAGUGGGUAUUAGACUUCCAUCUGAGAAACUCGAUCACCUUUGCAGCACUGGCUUUAUUGUAUGGAGUGAAUUCUGGCAGGUUAUUUUGGAUCUAGACAAAAGUCUGGGAGGCCUUAAGGAUUCAAGUGGGUUGAUGGGUAAGAAGGUGUUUGAUCUUUGCCAUUUUAAUGGGAUUGCAAAAUCUGAUAUAAAUGGAAGCCACGCAACCUCUGGGGGUGAAACAAUGGUUCAGAGACCUAGACUCACAAAACUGAGGGUUUCAGUUCCACCAAGGUGGACUCCCGAGGAAUUCAUGGCAGAUGUGGUAGUGACGUCUGGCCCUGGUGGGAAGGAAUCAAGUGGUAAAGACACUGAGGUGACCAAACCCGAGCCUUCUCAGCAUGCACCAUUAGUGGACUGUAUUAGAACUCGCUGGUCUCGUGCAGUUUGCAAUUGGGUGGGGGAUCCGCCUAGUAUAGUGUGAAUGUUUAUCCUUGCUGGGAUCGUUCAGUGUGCUCUUAUCGUUGGAAACACAGAUGGCAUAUAAUCCAAAAUCAAUCACGAACAAAUCAGUACAUUGUACCUUAAGCAAAAUGGUUGUUUCAUGGUUUGUCUUUCUCAAGUAUGUGCAACACCCAAUUUCUGCUGUGGAUUGUUGUACCUUUGCUCAUUCUAAUUCGAUUUUGAUAAUGUUAGAUACUCGGAGAGAAAGGUUCCCGGCCAUGCUUGUUGGCAACCCAUUGUGUAAAAUUCAUUUGUAUUGCUCUGUCUUGAUUAGGGAAGCCUUUGGCCAGGGAAUGUAGGAAUGCCUAAAUAAUGAUACAUGUCCUCUGGUUGAAUAUGUUGUAACAGUUAAACUCUGCCCUGGAGGAAAGCGAAUGGGCACCGGAAAACAGUUCUUAUUGAAGAGUUUGUAGGCGAUUGAUAGA